CCCGCGGGGGGCGGAGCCGGGGCGGGGCUGGGGCCGCGCUCGGCCGUGCUGUGGAGCCGGGGUCGCCGCUGUCAUGGACGCUUGGGUCCGCUUCAGCGCCCAGAGCCAGGCCCGGGAACGGCUGUGUAGGGCCGCCCAGUAUGCUUGCUCACUUCUUGGCCAUGCACUGCAGAGACAUGGGGCCAGUCCUGAGUUACAGAAACAGAUUCGACAACUGGAGAGUCAUUUGAGCAUUGGAAGAAAGCUUCUGCGCCUGGGUAACUCAGCAGAUGCCCUUGAAUCCGCCAAAAGAGCUGUUCACUUAUCAGAUGUUGUCCUGAGAUUCUGCAUCACUGUUAGUCACCUCAAUCGAGCCUUAUACUUUGCCUGUGACAAUGUCCUAUGGGCUGGAAAGUCUGGACUGGCUCCCGGUGUGGAUCAGGAGAAGUGGGCCCAGCGUUCAUUCAGGUACUACCUCUUCUCCCUCAUCAUGAAUUUGAGCCGUGAUGCCUAUGAGAUUCGCUUACUGAUGGAACAAGAGUCUUCAGUUUACAGCAGGCGGCUAAAGGGUUCUGGAGGAGGAGUCCCUGGAGGAAUUGAAAGUGGGGGGCCUGGGGGACCAGGGACUUCAGGAGGAGGCCUACCCCAGCUGGCACUGAAGCUACGGCUGCGAGUCCUGCUCUUGGCUCGGGUUCUUCAAGGCCAUCCGCCUCUUCUGCUGGAUGUCGUCAGGAAUACCUGUGAUCUCUUCAUUCCCCUGGACAAGCUCGGGCUCUGGCGCUGCGGCCCUGGGGUUGUAGGGCUCUGUGGGCUCAUAUCCUCCAUCCUGUCUCUUCUUACCCUUGUCUGUCCCUGGCUACGGCUCAAGCCCUGACAGGCUGGCAAAGAAUAAGGAGGGAAUUUGUGAGAUGGAAUCUUGGACUAUCCCUCCAUGGACCAUCUGAUUUCUCAUUCUGAUUCUCCUCGGUUCAAAUGAAAAAUCCAGAGAUCUAGGGGGUGGAGGGAAGAACGUGGAAACACGAGGUCAUGACAGAUGGCUUGUCAAUAGAACGAGUCUGCUAUCCA